AUGAAUGAUUUGGACUGUACUCCUGAGCAGAAACUAAAAGGUACAGUCUCUUUGCUUCGCGAUGAGGGUCAUCAGUGGUGGUUGACAGUUGAGGAGGGUACCCAGCUUGAUCCUUUGAGUUGGGAUUUCUUUAAGACCACCUUCCAAAGCAAAUAUGUGAGAGCUAGUUGUAUGAAUGCUCGUAGGUGUAAGUUCAUGAAUCUUACACAAUGCGAUAAAUCUGUAGCUGAGUAUGAGGCUGAGUUUCUAAAGUUGAGCCGCUACGCUCAGGGCAUGAUGCUGUCUAAGUAUAAGAGGUGCGCGAAGAUCACCGAGGAUGUUAAGCGCGUGAAGCGCCAGAAUAGGGACCAAGAGAAGGGUAAGAACAAAAGGGAUUCAGAGUCCUUUAGUUCUGUUUUGAGGCCUAAGGAAAAGGCCAGAUCUGAUGGGCCGAUUAGAGUGGGGGUUCCUGCUGCUCUUAUUGGGAUUCAGCCAUGCAGUGAUUGUGGUAAGUGUCAUCCGGGCGAGUGUUGGAGGAGGAUUGGGGCUUGUCUAAGGUGUAGGUCAUUAAAGCACUGUAUUAGAGAUUGUCCACAGCAGGUAGAUUAG